AUGGCGACGAUCCUUCCAUCGACCUGCUCCGUACCUCCACACUCCGCGGUCAGCGAGCAGAGGCAGAAGUCACCAUGCCUCCCUGAAGACUCUCUCGUCCCUGCCCAACAGGCCAUGAUGUUCACAAAAAGUCCGCUGUUUCAGCCGACGAGCUCCGGUCAAAGCCAGAUACGUCCCUGCCGCAUUGAGCCCUUCCGCUGGAACAAGAACCACCUCGACGCAAUCGGCGCCACGUUGACCUUCGAUCUCCACCUGGACAGCUCGACGGCAUUGAAGCCCGCGUUCAUCGAUGCGGUACUGAACACCCUAUCGCCGUUCUCCAAGCUCUUCCGCUCGAUCCACCACACGAACGCACUGCAGAACAUCGCCAAGUCCUCCUACCGCCUCACGAUGAUCCCACCCGGUCCGCGCGACGUCGAGCCUCGCCGCUACGCCUGCGUCGAACUGGUCGAGCACGUACUGCGGUACUUCUGUACCUCCUACGAUUGGCCGCUCUUCCCGCUCAAGCUGCGAUACCAGGAGAUAACGGUCACGUGGGACCCGCGCGGGUUCAUCGGGUCUCGUGUGUGGCUGGUUGUGCCGCGCCGCCGCUCCCCCGACUUUGCCGAGGAGGCGGCGUACGCCGUGUCGCUGGCGCAGGAGUUCAUGGAUCGCGAUGCGCAGCAGGAGUUUGCGGUGUGGUUAGUCACAGUGCGCGCGGGAAGCGGGGCGGUCGUCAAAGCAACGGUGUCGGGGGCGCUGAUCAAGGCGCUGGAAACGAACGGACAGUUCGGAGGCGCUUACUAUUCGGAGGUUCUAAUCACACGUGGCGAAGCCUCGAAGGUGCCGAGCUUUCGCCAUCCCAGAGUGGUGGACGGCGUGGCCGCGUGGGGUCGGUGGGCGUGGAGGUCAUGGGCGUCGAGGCCCCUCUCCCGUCUCCCCACGUCGGAACGGCCACCGAGACUGUAUACGCCUUUGAGCAUCCUUAUACCCUCUCCCCCAUCUCCUCCCGUCGUCCUGGCCCCCGUCCUCGGAGUCGCCAUCAAUGCCAUCAUCAACACCGUCAAUACCAUCAAUACCAUCAUUGACGGCAUCAAUACCAUCAACACCAUCGAUAACAUCAGCUAA